CUGCACACAGUCUCCUCAGGCCGCCCAUGCUGCAGCCGGAUCCAGCAGGCAUGCUCACCUUCUUCCUAGUGUCUGGUGGCUCCAUCUGGCUGUUUAUGGAAUUUGCUCUUUCCAUCUUUGAGAAGAUGCAAGCACAGGAAAUCCUGAGGAGCCUGCGGCUGCCUGAGUUCGAUGACUUCAGUCAAUUUUUCCGCAGCUUGCCAGCCACCACCUUAGUUGGCAUUGGUGCCUUUGCUGCGGUGAUUGCAUACUGGUUCGCUAGCCGGCCAAAGGCACUGAAGCCACCAUGUGACCUCCUGAUGCAGUCAGAAGAAGUUGAGGUAAGGCUAGCAUUAUGUAGACCCUUCCAGGCAUAAAAAAUUAACCCUUAGGAAUAUGGAGGUUUGGCUAGAUUCUAUGGGCACAGUCUCCACUGCUGGGUCCCUUAAAGUAGUAAUUCACACCAGGCAGAGUGGCUGUAGAAUGCUACUAAAUCAGAAGGGUACCAUUUUACCAGAUCUGAUGAUGGAGAAUGAGGAGGCGAAAGGCACAAUUGCCCGAUGAUGAUUCAGCAGCGAUUGGAGCCCCAGUAUGCUCUCGGUGGCACUGAGGGCUGAUGGGGGAGUGGAAUUUGCAGUGCACUCCAGGCAGUGCUGAGGGCUGCCCUUAGUUCUGUGUCUUCUGCCUAAAGUCCCACCUGUUCUGGGUAUGUGGAGUCUGGCCCCAACUAUCUUGCCUAGAGACCCGACAAUUUUGUCA